UCAAAAUACAACCAAAAAUUCUUAAAUUUCCUCAAAAAUGUCUUAAAUUUUAUCAAUUUUCCUUUCAAUGUCGACCAACAAGGCCGAAAUACCGGUGUACAGUGGGUUCUGCCCUGAUGGAGAGUGUAAUAGCAAGUUAUUCUUCCCUUCGUACGCAGCUUCAAGUAUUGAAUGUACAGGUUGUGGAAAACACUACCACAAAGACUUAUUACUUCAAGUAGAGCUGGUAAAGGACCCUGCAGAAGCUUUGAGGAAUCUAUUAAGGUCUGUUUUGUUGACCAGGAGUGCUUUAAAGAAAGGAACGGACCUCGUUAAAGUCAAGGGAUAUUCGAAUUACCAUUGUAGGUUGGUCUCUCCACUUUUGACUCACUAUGGGAUGGAUAAUAAGACGUCUGAAGCGAAGUUAUUGAGAGAAAUGGGCCAAGGCGAUAUUUUUGACUGUUCUCAUUUAGAAGAUCGAGCUUUUUUUAUAGAAGAGGAGUAUUUAGAUACCUCAGGCUAUGGAAGAGAUAGAUCAGGCUCUAUUGAGUACCUACAAGGAAUCACAAAAAGGAUAAAGGAAGUAAAUGAUGACGAAGAAAGGAUAGUUCCUCUGCAUGUUGAUGGUGAUGGUCACUGUCUUGUCCAUGCAAUUUCACGUGCUUUAGUCGGGAGAGAAAUCUUUUGGCAUCCACUGAUGGUAAAUCUACAGGAACACUUGAAGCAAAAUAUCACAAAGUAUAAAGCAUUAUUUGUGGAUUUUAUUGGAAAUGAUGAAUGGGACUUGAUCAUAUCUGAAGCUGGGCCAGAUUUUCAACCAACAGACGACCAACCAUUGGGUCUUAGGAAUAUCCACAUAUUCGGUCUGGCUAACGUCCUUCAUCGACCAAUAUUAUUGCUUGAUAGUAUAUCAGGGAUACAAUCUAGUGCCGACUAUAGUGGAACAUUCCUGCCAGCACUUGUGGAUAAUGACUUGUGCAGGAAAAAAGAUGGCUUGCUGAUACCACCUUUAGCUAUAGCGUGGAGUAACUCAGGCCGCAAUCAUUAUAUCCCUCUCGUGAAUAUUCGAAAUAAACCACCUGCGCAAAUUCCUAGUGGGAUUAUCCCCAAAGCUUGGGGGAUACCUGAUGAGUAUUUGAAAGAGUACAUUGAAUUUGAUAUUAAUGAUGUUUGUACUGUUGGAGGAUCUCGUACAAUGAGUGAUGCGUACCUUCAUCGCUUGAUGAAAGCUAUGGACGACAAGUUUUUAGAAAUCAAUGGUGUCUCGGCAUCACUUGUGACUGAAGUACAUCAGUUUAUUUUCAAGCCGUCUGGAGUAGUGGGUGUCCUUCCACAGACUGUAAUUGACAGAACUAGACAGAGAGUACAGAAUAAAGCUUUAAUGAGAUGUAUUGCUUGCCAGGCUGUAUCAGAGUAUGAUUGUCCUGUCAAUCAAGAGUGGCUGGCUCCGGGAGGAAAGAUGUAUGUGUCGGCAGCUCAUGUGGAAGGGGGUCUGGCUAAUGGGCAGAUGUAUUCCUUCCCAGAUCAUAAUUUGAUUUGCUUGUACAAUGCUGAUAAUGAUGUCCUGAAGCCAAUAAAACAUGAGGGUGUAGACCUGACGUUGUGUAGUCUAUGCAAAGGACCUCUAAGAAUAGUUAAAGCUGAUGGUUCCCCAGUAUAYGUGAAUGGAGAUCGAACCUGUACCCCUGUGUCUGGCAAAACCAAAUGUUCUUGUGGGUUCAAACACUUCUGGGACGGAAUGGAAUAUGACAAUCUACCUGAAGUCUUUCCAGUGGCCCUUGAAUGGGGUGGUAAAAGCAUCAAGGAGAAUGUCUACUGGUUUCAACAUGAAAGUGAUGAGUCGUUAAACUCUAAUGUCUAUGAGGUAGCUGGGAGACUGGUACAGAAUCAUUUCCCUGGUGAAUUUGGCAGUGAGAGGCUGGUGCAGAAAGUAGUUGACACCAUAUUGAGGCAGACGGCUAGGAAAGAAGGCGAAAAUAAAGGUGCUCGUCCAGAUAUUCCAAAUCUACCACCCUGCUCAUCAUCUGAAGCCGCGGCAGUAGAUGCCUUCAUUCCCUCCAAGAUCAUCCUCACAGGGCAGAAGAAAAAGACCUUCCACAGAGAAGAGUUGACGCAGAGUGAGACAGAGAAAAGAAUCAAAAUCAAGACUGAGCAUCAUGCUGCGAUAACACAGCACAGGCAGACAAAACUGCAAAAAUCACCUGUGAAAAGCCCUCCAAAACAACACCAGAACAAAAAACCACCAACUCCUUCCCUUCAAACUCCAACAUCAACUCAUGCCCAAAGAACAGACAAGAAAAUCCGCCUGACRUCAUCUUUAGGUGGACAACACGACCUCACCCUACCCCUAAACGCUACUUUCAGCCAAUUACAAGAAGCCAUCCACAAAGAACUAGGGGUACCUCCAGGGGAUCAGAAGAUUCGAUAUGGAUUCCCCCCUCAUUUGUUGAACCCCCCAGAAGAAGGCAAAGAAGAGGAACCAAUACCAAUACAGCAUGGGGAUAGAGUAACGGUAGAAGUGUUGCCUCCCCCAGAACCUGUAGCACCGCAACCAAUAGAUGUGGAGAUGCCGGAGGAGAAGAAGAUGGAYGUGGCUGGUGCUGUGGGAGGGGAGGGUAGUGAAGGUCCUGAGGAAGAAUGUGAAGAGAAAAAGAAAGAUACUCCUAUGGAUGUGGAUUUUGACACAUCAGCGCUAGCAUCGGUGCUGUUCGCAUUGUCAGGUAACCUAGGUAACGACCUGUGGGAAGCAGCGUGCAGGACCCCCCAGAUGUUUGAGAAUGGUGGAUACUACUAUAACCUGGUGACUAAUCUUGGACCCUUGGUAGACGAUCAGCAUUUUACGAUACCCCAACUACCAAACAAGGUAUUUGCUUACAACAAAGAUAAAGACCACAUAGAGUUGUGCCUAGGAAAGACCCACACACCGGUCCAACCAUUGAACCAGGAGACUCUGACUCUAGCUCACAACCAGCAAAUGAAAGCCAGUGGUACAUCGGCCUCACAACACUCUUCAUCAGUGAUAAACACUGAGGCAUCGUUUAGUGGGGUCAUUAGUAGGAACACUGGACGAACACAAAAAGCAUUCUCAGGAGAAGGGAGGUCAUUGUCUGGUUCAUCCCCUGUGUCACCAAGGAAACUGACUGAUCAGACACCGUCUUCGCAGACCUUGACAACAAUAACGUCUGGUACACAAGGCCCUGGGACCAGUACAGCUAGCAACACAGUAGAAGCAGAGCAGGCAAUGGAAGAAAAACCGAAUCGAACAGACCAAUCAGCUGAGGAAUCCCCAUUCGUUGAAGGGAUAAAAACUUCAAACAAUGAAUCAUUAAUGGUAGAAGAGGGCAGUCGAUCAGAUAAACCUAUUGAGGAUACAUCAAUGAUGGAAGAGAAGCCUGCAGAAGAAGAAAAGCCUAGCGUAACUGAGAAACUAGUUGAGUUAUCGACUAUAGAAGAAGAACGCAAAGAACACGGAGAAGCUGUCAGUGUUGGAGGUAAGUCUUUUACUGGGGAAAAUUCCAAUCAACCGCAUAAGCCUAAAAGGGUAUCUUCAAUGGAGCAAGAGAUUGUUCAAAGUGAUAAGCCAUUGGACGACUCGGAAAUGGGAGAAGGUUCCGAUGAAGCAAGUGAGCUUACAGAGGUGUCUUUGAUGGUACAAACGCCUGUUCAACAAGACAAGCUUGCAGAUGAGAAAGUCAUGGGAGAAGGUUCCAAUGAAGCAAGUAAGCCUACAGAUGGGUCUCUGAUGGUACAAACGCCUGUUCAACCCAACAAGCUUGCAGAGCAAGAGAGCGAUGAAACAAGCAGACCUAUGGAGGAAUCGGCGAUGAUGGAAGAUCCAUUUCAAACAGGCGAACCUGAAGAAACAUCGAAAUUGAUGGAGAAAUCGACUCUCACAGACAAGCCAGCUGAGGAGCCAUCUAUGGAGCAACACUCUGACCAAACCGACAGGCUAACAGAGGCAUCUUCAACGGUGGAGAAUAUUCAKACUACCAAACAAGCUGAGGAAUGUCCCAUGGUGGAAAAGGAUAAUACGGUUUUAAAUAUUGUUUCAUCAACAUCAACUGCCAGUCUGGACAUGAAAGGCGAUAAACCAUCUCCUUUAUUUAAAGAAGAGGUUGAUAGAGGUGUUGUCAUGGAAACCGAUCACCAUGGAAACGCCUCGGAAACUGAAGACAAGCAAUACUCCGUCCAAAAUGAAUCGAAAGGUCCUUUGUGUACUGCAAGUGAAGACGAUAUGGAUGUCGAUCAGUUAGAUCAGUUAGAGAGCCAMUCUACAGACUCUAGUCCGGUAGGUCAAGGUUCAACCACAGGGUAACCCGUUCUGGAUAAACCAAGAGGAUAGAUAGAUAACACAGGGAGCCCAACACUAGGGAAGAUGAAGUGUAGUGCUGAUAGUGAUGAUUCUCGUAUGGAACAGAAUAGGUGAUCACCCUAAGAAUGUAAAAGAGAUGUUAGAAAAAGUAGUAUUGAAACAUGAAAUUGCACCACAGAAAUUAAGGGAUGAAAUAGAGAUAGGGAUCAGUCCGUAACCAUGGGAACAGUGAUGGGAGGGCCCAGCCCGUAACAAAAUGGCAAACAGUGAUGGGAGCGACUAGUCCGUAACCAUGGCAACUGACGUGAAAGACGAAGGUCAUCCGCCAGAGAAGCGCCAAAAAAGCAAUAGUUUUUCACUAAUCGGUAAAAAAUGAGAAAUGGUCGUAACUAUGGUAAAGAUAACUCAUAAGGAAUGUCCAAUAGGAGAGAUUGAAAGCCAAUUUUAUGUUGAAACAUUUUUUUGGCUAAGAAUAGAAAUUUUAAGAAAUUUUGCCGGAAUUUUAGGUCUCGAGCUUAUGGUAAGAAAUUAAGUGAUUGUAUUAUAUUUGUUUAGUUUACUUGUAUUAGGUAGCCAAGCUACCGAUUAAUGUUACUAGAAUUCAUACUCUAGUAUAAACUUCUCUGUUGCUCAGGGUUAGCCUCGACUUUGUACAGGAUAUUCAUGUGUUCCAGUGAAGGUCCAUGGAAUAGGACGUUUGCAUGAUGGCGUCAUUUUACUCCCACGACCAAGAUG